AUGGUCAACGUCGCCGGUAGAAGCAGAGGCUGUGCGACGUGUCGCAAACGUAAAGUCAAGUGCGACGAAUCCGUCCCAGAAUGUCUUCGAUGUCUCAACAUGGGCCUGCGUUGUCCAGGCGCGCGGACCGAGUCAUUCUUUGUGCAUGCCGUAUCAAGUUCGUCAUCGUGUCGCCCUCUUGGUAUUCCAGCUCGUAGUCUGGUUCCUUCGCCACGAUUACCGGGGCCGCAGCCGUCCAGUGCCAGCGCCUUGGACCAGCUGUUUGUUUCCCAUUUCAUCGAGACUUUCUUCGGUCCCAUGAAGCCACCGCCAAUUCCCAACAUGCCGCCUAAAACAUGGCUGCACGAGCUUCCUGCGUUUCUAGCUUCUCCAGGGCCAGAUUUGGUGAAGCACGCUAUUCGCGCAGCAUCGAUGCACAGCUACGGCAGUUUCACUGAUGACGUUUCCAUCAAGACAGCAGCGUGCAAGUGCUAUGCCAAAGCACUGCAAGAUCUCCAAUGCCUGCUGUCAUGUGAGAGUAUCUCCUUUGCCGAGGGCGUUGUGUGUGCAAUCGUCAUGCUCAUUCACUUUGAAACCCGGGCUGGCACGAGCCAGAGAGCAUGGCUUCAGCAUAUCAAGGGGGCUGCAAAGCUGCUCGAAGCAGGAGGGCCGGAACGUUGCCGCAGUGGAUUCAUGCACCACAUGUUCAGCCAUUUGCGUCUUCAAGUGUUUAUUGCCGCCAUGGCCGAGAACGAGGUCUCCGCUUUCGCAUCGGAAGCAUGGAUGACAAUCCCUUUUGAAAUCUAUCCGAAACUGGUCUUCGAUCAACUUAUUGAUGCUCUUUUCGGAGUUCAAAGAUGCCUUUCAGUGGCGAGCCAGUUAAUUAGAUCAGCGGAGCACGAAGCUUGUGAGCUGGUAACGAAGCUUGACAAACUUCUACAAGACGCCAUGUUCCAAAUGCAUGAGUGGUGGUCUGGAUGCAUAUCGAGCGGCGUCUUUGGACAAACGAAACUGAUGGAAGGAUCCAAUUCCAGAACGGAAUCAAUUUUUUCUGUGGAUUUAAAGGAACCACUGCUACCGUUUACGAAUAUUCCAGCAGCAGCCUUAUCCUCCCUCUACGACGCGGCUAACCUAAUCAUAUUUCGUCUGUCACAUCUCGUGUCUCCUUCAGCAGCUUUAUAUGAUAUGCGCAUUCAAAAGCACGCACAAUCCAUCUUGUCAGCAUACCAUUUCAUCAUUGCAGCAUCUGGACCCGCACCAGAUCGUGGGUCAAUCAUGAUGGUCUUGCAGUUGAAGGUCGUCAGCCUUUGGAGUUCGUCUUCACAGCAACGAGCCUUGGCUCUGGAGAUGCUACAAGGGGAAAAGGUACAAGGCGGAGGGCUUUCAGAUGUCGCAGCGGUUUCGCACGAGUACUUCGCCGAUGUAGCCGCUCACAUCCUGCAGCACUACUCUGGCAAAUGA